UGCUCUUUUACGUACUACCUUGAUUUUUCUAAACAGAGAAAAUAUCAAUUCUCGGUCGGUUCGAAUUCACUGGAGGAACGAUGGCCAACGUAAACCUUGCGUCGGUUCUGCUGCGAAAUGCCCUGCGCACGAAGAUGGGCACCCGCCAGUCCAGUGACAUGGUCUCGCAGAAGAUCGGCAAGCGGGAAGUCGUCGGACACGGCUGGAACGGACUGCCCGUGUACGCUGACCGUGUGGAUUACCCCAUGCCGGCCAUCCGCUUCAAGGAAAACACCCGUGACGUUAUGGCCCUGCGGGAGAAGGAAAAGGGAGACUGGAAGAAGCUGUCCGUGCAGGAGAAGAAGGCCCUGUACCGUGCGUCGUUCUGUCAGACCUUUGCCGAGAUGAAGCACCCAACCGGUGAGUGGAAGGCCUGCCUCGGUGGCGCCCUGAUCGUCACCUCGAUGAGCCUCAUCUGCAUGUUGAUGAUGAAGGCAUUCGUGUACGAUGCGAUUCCGGAAACGUUCGACGAAGAGCACCAGAAGGCGCAGCUGAAGCGUAUGCUCGAUCUCAACAUCAACCCGAUUCACGGUGUGUCGUCCAAGUGGGACUACGACAACAACAAGUGGAAGUAAAGCACCCGGUGGCGAUGGGAUGCUCGAUUGCCGGCCCUGUAAACUAAUCUUAUAUUCCGUGAUUGAACCAGGUUGCAGUCCGUUCUGCGAGCGCUCAUUGAGUUAAUAAAUAUCAGUGAAACCUCUAGGA